AUGUCGACCACAAGGAAGGGCACUGGCACGCAUGCGGGCGCCGGCUCUGGCGCCACAUCUGGCGGUGGAGGUGGCCCGACCACCACGAAGCCGGAGACGCAGAGGACGAAUUUUCCGUGCCAUGUGGUACAUGUCACAUGGGAUCUUGGCGAGGCCGAGGCGGAGAGACUACUGGCCAUCACUGACACGGCUUGUUCGCGAUCGGUGGCAGGCUCCGGAUGGGUUGACGGCUACAUCGAGGAGGCCAAGCGUAGAGGAUGCGAGCCCCAGUUCCUCUCCUGCAAAGAAGCGUUCAGGUUCGGAGCCUCAAAGGUUUUCGUUGCGGGCUAUGCCAUUGUGGUUUGCUUUCGCAUCGGGAAGUUCAAGGUGGCUUUGAAGGUCGCCGUGGUGAACGGCGAGGUCCCUUUGCUGGUCUCCCGACCGGCCCUUGGACAACUCGGAAUGGUGAUGGAUGUAGCUUUGAAUACGGCGACUUUCAAGAAGCUUGAGGUUCAUGACAUGGAGCUCCGCAUCACGGAAACCGGCCAUCCGGCUCUGCCUAUAGAGCCCGCUUCUCUGCCCAAGUCUUACCAAGGCCUCUCAAGUGCAGACGGACCGGAGUUGCAGAUCUUUUCGGUCGCUGAUCAAUACAUGGAGGGCGAUGCGUUUGCUCCUUCGGGGUUGUGGGACUCGACUUCUACUUCGGAUUUUUGGAAGGGUUACCAGGAUUCUUCGUGCGCUAUCAAUUGGAUGACUACCUCAACCUCCGUUCCGAGUGCAAGUUUCUCUUCCGACGACGUUGUUGGUUUUGACAGUAGCCGUGAAGAUAUUACUCCUACCUCUACCGAGUAUUCCCCCGAGAACCAACACGAUCCUCUAUCUACUACAACUCCCAAGUCAGUCGUCAAUGUGUUCUAUCCCAAAAAGAUUGCCGUGGCCACAAAGAACCUCCUCCUCGAUGAGAACUUUAACGCAGAGAGCUUCAUGAACUGGUGGAAGGGUACAAACAUUUCCAAUGACUUCUGGGUUGAGAAUGACAGUGUCCUCAUUCGUAUACACGUCGUCCCUAGGAGAACCUUUUUCGAUCCCUCAAAUUGGAACACCCAGAACCUCGAACAGAAGGCAUUAGGACAGUGCAAGCUUUGUCAUGCAAGACGUACAGACCCUUUCCAGAAGUACAUGGCACAUGGCGCGACGAACGUGAUCAGUCAUCCUUUCCGAUGCUCUGGAUUGGAAGAACAGUGUUUUGUAGGAGACGACUCAUGCCUGAUUUCCUCCCUCCUACUUCAAUUCGCGAUCAUGUCGUCCGGAUCCGCGCUCCUGACCGCCCCGAUGAUCACCCGUCCGAAGACGUUGUGGGAGCUGACGAAAGCGGAGUUGGUCCACGAGGCACAGGCGAGAAACCUGUGGUUCCACGACUCGUGGACGACGACAGAACUCCGAUCCCUGAUCCAGGAAGAUCGGAGGAACGUGUCCCAACAGCAACUUCCUGUCGCGGGCCUCAGCAAGAUGAACAUCGAGGACUUGAAGGCCAAGGCCACCGAGCUGGGGUACAAGUUGCCGCCAGCUGCUACCCGCGGGACGAUCCUGCGCAUUGUGCGCGACCAGAAUGGGAUGGGACCGGAGAGCCUGAUGACCUUCGGGAGGUUCUCCGGGAAGAAGUUCAUCGAGACCCCAGUCUCUUACAGAGAGUGGGCAGUUCGGGAAGGCGAGCUCUUCAAGAUGGAGAAGGAACACGAGAGCAAGCCCACGAGCUCCACGGCAAGGCCGUCGAACUACAUGGACCCGGAGACGCACGCGAGCAUCCCCUACACGGACGAGGCCGGAUCCCUGAACUCGUGGAGCGAGGUGACGGUGAGGAGCUCUCCCCCACGCGAGGGCUACGGCGCGAGACCGAAGGCAAAGUCAACGACGGCACCAAGAACCCCACCGACGAGGCGGACGGCAAUGGGAUUGAGCGGCCCCCUUCAGGGCCACUGCGAGCAGGACGCGGAGGAGAUCUUCUACGAGUGCGAGGACGUCGGCGGCGGUGGCGAGCGAAACGAGGAGGACCAAUGCGGAAGCCGACCCCAGACCUACGAGCCCGACGAGAUUGACGACUACCUGGUGGAGACUUAUGUGCUCGAUGAGGGCGGGUCCGGAAAAGAGCAGCCUUCUAUGAAUCCUGGAGGCAGUGGGGAUGUAAUCCAACGUGAGCCCUCUGGGGUGAAGUCUGUCUACGCUGCACCGGAAGCCCUUGCUGAGUGUGAAAGGAUGGCCAGGCAGAAGCUCAGCCUCAAGAAGUUCUCCUACGGUGACCUUUUGGAGAUUGCCCAGAUGCUCCCCCUGAAGUGUGUCAAUGGCAAGCGUGGUUCCCGCCGUGGUGGAGGGGAUCCUUACAGAUACUUCCUGGGUGGGAUGUACACCUACGGGAAGUUCUUUGGAAUCGCAAAAGGGACAAGGAAUUUGCCAUGGACAACACGCUACAUCAAUGUCUUCGCGAGGGAGAAGUUCAGUGGACCCUGGACCUCGUUCGUCCUCUUUCGGGACACCGCCACACAGGUGCACGCGGACGUGCACAACCUCCCGGGCACCUCUGUCACGACUGUGAGCUUCGGGAACUUCUCCGGAGGCGAACUUUGGAUCGAGGCUGCAGAUGACUCGGAAGGCAUCUCCCGGAAGGCCCCAGAUGGAGCCCUCUUGACUGGGAAAUUGCAGUGUACCAAGGAAAAGCCCUUCUGCUUCGACGGUAAGACGAGACAUGCUACUCAACCAUGGGAAGGAGAGCGAUGGGCACUUUCUUGCUUCACCACCCGCGGCUACGCUGGAGCAUCGACGAGGCUCAAGGAUGAGCUUCGUGAACUACGCUUUCCUCUGCGAGGACUGCCUCUCUGCGUUCGAGAUGGUGAUCUUCAGCCUCCAGAUCCUCAUCGAGUCCCGAGGCCUAAGAAGAGCAUUCGAAAAGGGCUGUGGAAGGCCACCAAUCGACUUGCAAUGCUCACUACAUGGUGUACAGCGGCCGCGAGCUGUUACGUAGCCGACAAUUUCCCGCUUUCGAGAGGACCAGACGCAGCUACUCUUCUGGAGAUUGGCGGCUACACGAAGACAAUGGAGGUCACUGAGAUGAACUACGUUGCGAUCGAGCCCUACGAGUACGACCCCGAAAUUACCCUUGGCGAGAACACCACAAAAGUCGAGGAGAUCUUCGAGAAUUUCUCCCCUCCCACUUUGUGGGUUCACGGAGAACAACCUCUGGAGUUCCUCUACGGCCUCCUCCCGGUCUUCCACAAACAGAUCAAUUUGGGACCUCUUUGCGAAUUGGGGGUCCUCCGAUUCAACGAUCCCUCCGAUGAGGGGUCAGGUGAAGGAGAACAAGAUGUGCUGGACAAGUUCGUGAACUACGUGAGCCAUCCCGAUCCACGCCGGGACGACAUUGGCAGUAAUGAGUGCGACUACCUCGAUGAGCUCCAUGGCAAGAAUGAGAGCUCUCCCGCAGAGCGACAAGGACACCCUUCUCCCGAAGAACCCCAUGGCGCUGAGAUCACUGCAGACGAAGGGGACAGGGGCUUUCAUCGGGAGGAGACCUACGUUGUGGACCAACAGAGGGCCCGUAGUUCAGGAGACCCUUCUCCCGAAGAACCCCGUGGCGCUGAGGCUAUCUCCUUUGAGAAAGGAAAAGCUCUGUCUCCCGAAGUCAGGUCGUCUCUGAAGCGUCUACAUCAGAACAUGGGCCAUCCUUCGAACUUGGAUCUGGCUCGUCAUCUUCGUUUGGCCGGAGCCGAUGCUACCGUGGUCGAAGCUUGCAAACGUCUGCGCUGUCAAGUCUGCCACAGGAAUCAACGUGGAGCCAGCGCAAAGCCGGCUACACUCCCGAACCUCUUGGACUUCAACCAGCUGGUCGCAGUGGACGCCUUCUAUGUCUAUGAUUGCGACGGAGAGAAGGUUGAGCUGAUGAUGAUCGUCGAUGUGGGAACGGGCUUUAUCUCUGCCGGCGUUCUUCAAGGCCACUCUGCGUCGACCAUGGAAAGUAGCUUCUGUACGAUUUGGAGCAACACUUUCGGAGCUCCUGGGACAAUGAUCGUCGAUCUGGAGAGCGGUCUACAGUCGGGCCUAGGACGCUUCAGCGAGUGGCAUGGCACCAAGAUCAGACCCGUCGCCGGACAGGCCCACUGGCAGAAUGGAACUGUGGAGCGGGCCAUACGUACUUGGAAAGAGAUUUGGGGAAGGCUUGUUGACGAGUGGUCUGCUUCAUCCGAGGAGGCCGGCAUGAUCAUCACCGCGACCAACACGGCGAUGAACACUUUGAGGAGAGAGACGGGAUUUAGUCCUGCACAAGCCGUGUGGGGACGAGAUCCCCAACUUCCGGAGGAGCUCAAGGGCACCCCGCAGGACGAGCAUGUUGAGCACAUCAUUAGCCAUGACCGACAACGUGCACGAGAACAUUCCUUGAGGAUCUCCGCGAAGGAAGCCUACUUCAAGGUGCAGAAUGAUUCCCGGUUGCGUCGUUCUCUAUUGCAGCGCUCACGUGUUGCCGGUCCCGAAGUUCAGCAGGGGGCCCACGUGUUCUUCUACCGCAAGCCGAAGAACAACAAGAACUGGGAAUGGCAUGGUCCUGGAGUGGUGAUAGGACGAGAAGGCCCUAACGCCUGGGUGUCGUUCUCCGGACGAUGCCACUUGGUUGCGCCAGAACACCUGCGCUCGGCCAGCGCAGAAGAACUCGGCGCAGCCUUUGCUAUGAGAUCCACGCAACAAGAUCUCCAGAAGCUUCUGGAGCAGGACUUUGCCGAUGAAGAGAUGUACGAGGGUGAGGACAUGGAACUCGACGACGAUCUCGGUCUGGCCCCAGAAGGGACUCAUCAACAAGAAGGACAGAAGCGCGGAGAAGGAGUACGUCGUGCCCGAGAUCAGCUCUCGGCUCCUCUGGUGGCCAAGCGCCACAGGACCAAGGUUCACCUAUACCACGAGGCCUACAUGCUCAAGCUCCCCAAAACACCUCGAGGACGAGAAAAGGCUCUCGAAAAGGAACUCCCGUGGUCUCUCAUUCCUCCAGAACAACAUCAGGGAUUUAAGGACGCUGAGCUCAAGCAGUGGAACGAGCAUGUUGAACAUGAGGCUUUGGAGCCUCUGUCCGUCGAGGAGAGCCGCGAAGUCCUUCGCACCAAGGCAGGCCGGGUUCUGAACAGCAGGUUCGCAUACCGCGACAAGUUGUGGAGCAGGAGACGCCAGGAUCCCACGGUCGGGUGGAAACACAAGGCGAGGCUUGUGAUCGCCGGACACCGGGACCCGGAUCUCUUGAAGGGAUUACCCACCCACGCACCGACCAUAUCACGACAAGGGAUCCUCCUGCUCCUCCAGAUCCUGUCCAGCAACCUCGAGAACGAUUGGAAUGGAUACGCAGGCGAUGUGACCGCAGCAUUCCUAUGUGGGGAAGAGCUUCAACGUGAACUUUAUCUACGACAACCAAGGAGUGGACUCGGGAACCUACAUCCUGAGCAAUUGCUGAGGAUCCGCAAACCCAUUUUUGGGCUCGUUGACUCACCUUCGGCAUGGUGGCAAAAGUUUCGAUCUACGAUGCGUUCCCUGGUUGUCCACCACGAUGGAAAGCGAUGGAUGGUAGUCCAGAGCACCCUCGACCACUGCAUCUUCAUGGUACAAGAGGUCUUGUCGGAGAAGGAAGGCGGCGGAUACGAACUUGGGCCCCCUCAGGCCUACCUCGGGGUCCAUGUGGACGACGUGCUCCUCGUCGGCAAGCGGGCGCUAUGCGAGGUGCUGAAGGCCGAGAUCAGCAAGAAGUUUCCCAUCCGUGAUUGGGAGACGGAGAAGUUUGAGUACGUCCGAGAUCUGCGAGGACAAGGUGAAGAUCAGCCAGGCGAGCUACGCGGCCACCCGGCUGAGAGCCCCGACCACGCCGAGGCCUCCGAGACCCAGAAGCACGACAACAUGUCACUGAUUGGCGCACUUUCGUGGAUGGCGAGCCAAACGCGACCAGACCUACAGGUUGGAGUGUCGAUGAGCCAGCAGCGACAGAAAGACCCCUUAAUUGGGGACGUCCGGUUCACCAACCAGUUGGCGAGGAGAGCGAUGGAACACCGCGAGAACGGCCUGGAGCUCUACCCCAUUGACCUUCAAGACGCGGUGCUUCUGUGUUACCACGACGCGGGAUGGGCCAAUGUCCCCCAAGACCAGGAGGACCCCUACUACGCCCUCACGAAGGAGGAGGACGCUGCUGGCCUUAUCACGGACGGUCCCUUCGCCCGGAAGAACGCCAAGGCCAAGAAGGCCAAUUCUUCGAUAACCUCGCAAUUGGGAGGAAUCUACAUGCUUGCGAAUCGAGAAGUGCUCCACGGAACUCCGUCAAAAGGGAGCAUCUUGGACUGGAGAAGCGGAGCAUGCGACAGAGUGUGUAGAUCUACGUUUGCGGCAGAAACAAUGGCCUGCUGCACUGCCACAGAGACCGGAGACUACAUUGCGCGGUUCUUGGAGACCUUGCUUACCGGAAAGCUUGAAAGAAAACGAUCCCGCUUCACCAUCCGUUUCCUCACGGACUGCAGGAGUCUCUACGACCACCUGACGAGAGAUGGCAUCCCGAGAGUUCCGAGCUGCAAAAGGCUCGCCAUCGACUUGGCGGGCAUUCGCGAGGACAUCGCCAACUACGGAAGGAUCGUGUGGGUGCCUACGUGGGCCCAAUUAGCAGACGUCCUAACUAAACCGCUAAAAGCGGACCAGUGGUGGGGUACUGUCCACAACGAGCUAAAGCUCACUUUUCUUGAGAAGGGCGAAUGUAUAGAAGGAGAGAUUUUGCAUAACCAGUGUAAAGCUUGA